AUGACAGGUAGGAUAAUCCAAAGUGAUGAGAAAGAGGUAAUUAAUAGUGUGCCAACAGACUUGAGCCAACUGGUCGCCUCUUGGCUUUCUCAGGAUGGUAAUAAACAGACACGCUUGGAAAUCUUGAAUCUAUGCAAGGCCAAAGAUUGGCUUGAAUUGCAUAAGAGGCUCGAUACUAGAAUACUGUUUGGUACAGCUGGCCUUCGCUCACGGAUGGAGGCUGGCUUUAGCCGCAUGAACACUCUUGUCGUGUUGCAAGCCACACAGGGGCUGGCUCAACAUAUCAAGAAACAGUUCCCAGAUGCCCUGACCGCUGUUGUUGGCCACGAUCACAGAUUUAAUUCACAAGAGUUUGCUUUAGCUACGGUUGCAACGUUUUUGCAAGCGGGGUUCAAAGUUAUAUUUCUCAAUGAUGGGGAUAAGUUCGUUCAUACACCAAUUGUACCUUUCACGGUGAAUGAAGUUGGAGCAUCUGUGGGUGUUAUGAUCACGGCUAGCCACAAUCCAAAGAUGGAUAAUGGCUACAAGGUUUACUAUUCCAAUGGGUGUCAAAUCAUUCCUCCUCAUGACAGUGAGAUCGCACAGAGUAUCGAAGAAAACCUAACGUUGUGGCCAAAAGCCUGGAAGUGGGACGAACUUCUGAAAGAAGGGCUUGAUACGAAAUGUCUUGUAUAUGCUGGGGAAGAGAUGAUUGAAAGAUACACAAAGAAGAUGGGACAGUCUCUCGUUGACAGGACUACAAUAAGUGCUGAGAAAGAAGGAAAGCCAUGGUUCGUCUAUACUCCGAUCCAUGGCGUGGGCUACGAUAUAUUUCGCCAGAUUGCGGAGGAGACUAUGAAUUUGAUAAACGGGAGAGAUUAUCUUUGCGUUAAGGAACAACAAUUACCAGAUCCCAGCUUCCCAACCGUUCCUUUCCCAAAUCCAGAGGAAAAAGGAGCAUUGGAUAUGGCGAUCAGUGUUGCCGACAAAAAUGGCAUAUCGCUAGUAUUGGCUAAUGACCCUGAUGCAGAUCGUUUCUCUGCAGCUGUCAAAGACAAUAAAACCGGGACAUGGAGGCAGCUGACAGGCAAUGAAAUCGGGGCCUUGUUUGCAUUUUAUGAGUUCCAAAAAUACCAAAAGAAGAAUGAGGAGUACAAAGAAAAGCACCCGCUUGCGAUGUUGAACUCUACCGUCUCAUCUCAAUUGAUUAUGAAAAUGGCAGAAAUCGAGCAAUUUCACUACAUCGAUACUUUGACUGGUUUCAAAUGGAUCGGAAAUCGCACUCUUGAUUUGGAGGCAAUGAACUACUAUGUACCUUUUGGUUUCGAAGAGGCCAUUGGCUACAUGUUUCCCGUAAUGGAACAUGACAAAGACGGCAUCAGCGCUGCAAGUGUUUUCCUUCAGAUGUACAGAAAGUGGUUGGUAGGGUCAAAAAAGACCCUGCUUACAGUGUUGGAAGACAUCUUUGAGAAAUAUGGCGUGUUCAAGGAAUAUAACGGCUAUUAUUCAGUCAACGAUCCUAAGGUGAUCAAGGAAGUAUUUGAUUUCAUAAGGAACGAUUACUCCGAGACCCAUGAUCCUUACCCAAGCAGAAUUGGCGAAGAGCUCAAGGUUAACAAGUUCAGAGACUUGACACUAGGUUAUCAAUCGGAUACUGUCAAUCAAAGGCCCGAUCUUCCAGUGGAUCCAAAUUCUCAGAUGAUCACCGCAUGGACUAAGGUGAAUGGAGCGAAACCAUACGAAAGCGUUAGGUUCACUAUACGUGGUUCGGGUACAGAACCGAAAUUAAAAGUGUAUAUUGAGGCCUGUUCCAAGAGCGAAGAACGAGCCAGCGAACUGGCGCAGCUUACUUGGCGAGUUCUAAAGAGAGAGUGGUUCAGACCCGAUGUUACCGGACUUACUACAACAUUCUAA